AUGGACGAGUAUGACGAAAUGUUCGGGAUCGAGGAUGAGUUCGAGGACCAGUUCGCAGACGAGCUGGAGGUUCUGGCUCAGAUGGAGGACGAAGCUCCCAAGGCGAACGGACAUCAGACUCGGGCUAAAGCAGACGACAUUUCAGACAUAGAGCACCUGCUGGAUGAGAAGCCCACCACUCCACAGGCGAAACGGCAGAAGCAGGAACAGGGUGUGGUCAAGCGGCUUUUCAGCAAAUCACCAACUCGAGAGAAGAAAGUCCCAUCGCGGAAUGCUGACGUCACACCUCCAUCCUCUCCAGAGCAGUAUGAACCAUCUGGCACCUUCAGGUCUACUCCUGGUGUGUUGGACAUCAGUGGCUUUGAUACAAUCCCAGAGACGCCCUGGCGACCUCCUUCAGCAGUGCCAGCAUCUCAGUGUGUGCUGAAGCGACCUCCGUUAGACGGAGAGUACAUCAGUGUGACGGACUCGGCAGGGAGUCGGGUCUACCUCCGACAGAAAGAAGAAUUAGAGACAAAGGUAGUGGAUACCAGAGUGGCACCAAACUUCCAGGGCGAACUGGGGCUGCUGGCGGUGCCGAUAAGGGAGCUGAGAGAGGAAGAAGCUGAGAGGCGCCAUCAGCAGGUUGUGUUGGAAUCUCAGCGGCUCACAGAGCUGCUGGCCAGCAGUGUGAACGAUGGGCUUGUUGAGUCUGAAACCAGAGGAGAUGAAGAUUUUGAAGAUCCUGAUGACACAGAAGGUCGAAGAUCGCGUCUCUGGGUCGACAGAUUUUCUCCCCGACACUACACAGAGCUUCUCAGUGAUGAUUUUACCAACCGCUGUCUGCUGAAGUGGCUUAAACUUUGGGACACUGUAGUGUUUGGAAAAGAGAGGAAGUCCCGCCCUGUCCGCCCUGAGAGACAGCCUGCCCAACAACACUCGUUCAAUCACUCAUUCAAACCCAACCAAGGCAACCCGAAUCCAACUCGCUUCAAGACCAAGAUAGAGAUGACUGAGGAGAUACUGGAGGCGGAACUGGAUCAGUACAAACGACCCAAAUACAAGGUAACAUUGUUGUCUGGCCCUCCAGGUUUGGGGAAGACCACCCUGGCUCAUGUUAUCGCCAAACACGCUGGAUACAAUGUCGUGGAAAUCAAUGCCAGUGAUGACCGCAGUGCAGAGAUUUUCCAGAAACGCAUCGACACAGCGACGCAGAUGAAGUCCGUGCUGGGAGGCGACCAGAGACCAAACUGUCUCAUUAUUGAUGAGAUUGAUGGAGCGCCGGCGGCUGCCAUCAACAUUCUGUUAGCAACUCUGAACAGGAAAGACGGACAUGGCGGCGAGAGCGGAGCAGAGACUGCGAAGAAGAAAAAGAAGAAGGAGUCCAUUCUGCUUCGACCAAUCAUCUGCAUCUGUAACGACCUUUAUGUUCCAGCGCUCAGGCCUCUCCGGCUGCAGGCCUUCCUUCUGGCUUUCCCUCAGACUCAGCCUACCCGCCUCGCACAGAGACUGUCUGAGAUUUCUCUCCAUCAGGGGAUGAAGACGGACACAGGCACUCUGAUGUCCCUGUGUGAGAAGACAGACAACGACAUCAGGUCUUGCAUCAACACACUGCAGUUCCUCCACGGUCGUGGCCACAAGCAGCUCAACACCAAGACGAUCCAGUGCGUCUCCGUGGGACAGAAGGAUCAGAACAAAGGCUUGUUCCAUCUGUGGCAGGAGAUCUUCCAGUUACCACGAACAAAACGGAAACGCAUUGGGGAAGGGUUUGACGGGACACCAGGCCCAGGAGUGGGAGCUCAGAGGUUUCAGCACAUUCUACACUUGUCUUCAUCCAGUGGAGAGUAUGAGAAGGUUUCUCAGGGUCUGUAUGAUAAUUAUCUGGCCAUGCGUGUGAGGGACCCCAACAUGGACUGUGUGUGCGAGGCUCUGGAUUGGCUCUCGUUCUCAGACCGGUUAAACCAACAGAUUCUGCACAACCAGAACUUCUCCCUGAUGAGAUACCUGCCCUUCCUGUCCGUCACGUUCCACUUCCUGUUUGCCAACACACACGUGCCCCGCAUCAGUUAUCCCCACAGCCAGUACGAGGCCUCCACCCGUCUCCUGGCCAGUAGGAACGCCUUGUCCUCCAUGUUGGCUGAUAUCCCACCAUCCAUCAGAACCAGGAUCAGCCACCUCAGUCUGAGUCUUGACAUUCUCACGCUGCUCCUCAACAUCAUCAGUCCAAAACUACGGCCUGUGAAUCCUCAGCUGUUCAGCAGCAGAGAGAAGGAGCAGAUGCGGGAGCUGAUCAACACCAUGUUGGCCUACAACCUCUCCUACAGGCAGGACCGUACGCCUGAGGGACAGUACACAUACGUGCUGGAGCCGCGUGUUGAGGAGGUGGUGACGUUUCCGGGCCUGCCACCACAUCGCCAGCUGACUUAUCAGGCCAAACAAACCAUCAGCCGGGAGAUGGAGCAAGAACGGAUGAGGAGAGCUGAGCAACUGAUGCUGCAGCGAAACCCUGCAGCGAAAAAGGAAGAAAAAAAGAGCGCUGGUCACACAUCAACCAGUAACCAUCAGCAGAGGCUGGAGACCAUUGUCAAACAGGCCACAGUGGAGAUCAGGCCGGAGGUGGAUUUCUUCGGUCGCACCGUCGCCCCCAAACCUCAGAGAACUCAGCUGUCCUCAGACACAGGAGAGAAAUGUCCGGUUCUUGCGAUGGGAGCCGCGGUGGGAAACAGUGACGUGUGGUUCCGGUUCAACGAGGGCAUGUCCAACGCUGUCAGGCGAAAUGUUUACAUCAGAGAACUACUGUAA